AUGUUAUUCACAGAUAUUGGUAUUGUUAAAUUUCAUAAAAUAUGCCUCCAACAAAGUAGAUUUUCAUCAAAAACUGAAAUUCUUGGAUCUGUUCAUGUAACUUCUUCACAUGUUAUAUUUACUAGUGAAUCACGUAGAAAAGAAAUGUGGGUUUCAACAGGUUUAAUAUCAACUAUUGAUAAAGAAGGUGAAACAGGUUCAAGAUAUAAAAUUACAAUAAAAACAAAACAUUUUCUUACUAUGGUAUUUUUUGCUAAUAAAGAAAAAGAAUGUCAAGAAUUGUAUGAUGCAUUAGUACGUGCUUCUAUAAUAACAAAUAUUAGUGAAGUUUUUGCUUUUCGUAAUAAAAAACCAGAAAUAAAUGAAAAAGUUAAUAAUAUAGAUAAUAUUAUUAAUUGGAAACGAUUAGAUUGGAAGCAAGAAUUUCGUCGACAAAAGGUAUCUAGUCAAUGGAAAAGGAGUAAUUUUAAUCAUGAUUUUGAAAAAUGUGAUACCUAUCCAUGUGAUUUAUGGUUUCCAUCAAAAGUGUCAAUGCAAAUUUUGAUUGGUUCGUCAAAAUAUAGAGCAAGAUCAAGAUUACCUAUUUUAACAUAUUUUAAUAGUGAAAAUAAUGCAUCAAUAUGUAUAUGUGCAAAAUUUGUACAAGAUUACUCUGCUUCAUGUAUAGAAGAUGAUGAUUUAAUAAAAGCUAUCUGUGAAACAAAUAUUAUUAAAAAACAAUUAUAUAUAAUUGAUAUUCAAAAUUAUAUUGUAAAUAAUAUAAAUAAUAAUAUAGAUAAAAAUGAAGAUGAAAUAAUAAUUGAAAUGGAUGAUAAUUUUAAAGAAAUUAUUAUUAAAAAAGAAGAGCCAGAGAUAAAAACACAUUAUUUUGAUAUAAGUAAUAUUCAUUGCAUAAGAAAUAGUUAUAUAAAAUUAAUACAAGCUACUCAAUGUAAUGGUUCACAAUCUGAAUAUUUAAGUUUAUUAGAUGAAUCUGAAUGGCAUAAACAUAUAAAAUCAGUUUUAGAUUGUAGUAUAUUUAUUUUUGAAUCAAUUAAAAAUGGUAUUUCAUGUCUUGUUCAAUGUACUGAUGGUUGGGAUCGUGCAAUUCAAACGACAUCUUUAGCUGAAUUAAUGUUAGAUCCAUAUUAUAGAACAUUAAAAGGAUUUCAGAUAUUAGUAGAAAAAGAUUGGCUUGGUUUUGGGCAUAAAUUUAGUGAUCGUUGUGGUCAUGUAACUUCUGUUAAUCAAGAAAUGAAAAUGGAAGUUUCACCAAUCUUUACUUUAUUUUUAGAUUGUGUACAUCAAAUAAUGAAACAAAAUCCAAGAGCAUUUGAAUUUAAUGAAAGAUGGUUAAUUGAGAUAAAUGAAUAUGUUUAUUCAUGUGAAUUUGGAACUUUUAUUGGAAAUUGUGAAAAGGAUAGAAGUGAUUUAAAGGUAGUAGAAACUACUCCUAGUGUCUGGAAUUAUUUUGAUGAACACAUUGAUGAUUAUAAAAAUCCUUUCUAUGAUAAUUCUAUUAGUGUAAUAACAAAUUUAUCAACUCAUCCUUCAGAUUUAGAUGUCUGGUCAUUUCUUUAUAAUAGAUAUGAUAGUGGAAUCCUUCCACGAGAAUCAAUAGAAGAACUUGUUUCUUCUUUUAAUAAUCAUAUUAAUGCUGCAAAAUUAUUAAUAAAACCUUCUAAAUAUCAAUCUAUAUUUAAUGUUAUUUCUUGUUCUGAACCUUCCUGUUUUCAAGAAUUUAAUUGUGUUCUUGAUAAGCGUAAUAAUUGUAAUUAUUGUGGUUUAAUUUAUUGCAAAAAAUGUUUAAAAACUAAAAAUUCAAUUAAUAUAUGUUUAUCAUGUUCAAGAAAAUUUAGUCAAAUCCACCAACUUCAGAUAGAUAUAGAAAAGUUAGAUCCUAAUUUUUCAAAACAUUACAAUACUUGGGAUAAAAAUCAUAUUGAAGUUCCAGAAAGAUUAUCAUCUAUUUUAAAUAGUUUAAAUAAUUCUAGAGUAACAAAUCAUUUAACCAUAUUAGAACCCGUUGAUGGAAAACUUGAAGAUAUCUAUUUAAAUCAUCCAAAAGAAUAUGUAGAUGAAUUCAAAGAUGUUUGUUCAAAAAGUGAUGGAGAAAUGAUAAAAUAUUGUGAAAAUCAUGAAGAUAUUUAUGUUAAUAAAGAUUCUUACACUUGUGCACUUCGUUCUGUUGGAUGUUGUGUAAAACUUAUGGAAACACUUUUACUAAAUCGUGGUUCUACUGGUUUUGCUGGUGUUCGACCACCAGGACAUCAUGCAUAUAAAGAUUAUCCUAAUGGCUUUUGUUUUUUUAAUAAUGCUGCUAUUUGUGCAAAAAAAGCACUCAAACUUGGUAUUAAAAAAGUGCUUAUCAUUGAUUGGGAUGUUCAUGCUGGUCAGGGAACACAAUUUUCAAUUGAGGGUAUUGAUGGAAUUUCAUUAAUUAGUAUUCAUCGUUAUGAAAAUGGAUGUUUUUGGCCUAAUUUAGAAGAGAGUGGUCUUGGAUCAUUAAAAAGUUCAAAAAAUACAAUAAAUAUUCCACUUAAUCAAAUUGGUUUAGGAGAUUUUGAAUAUUUAACAGUUUUUAAUAAAAUAAUUUUACCAUACAUUUGUGAUUACAAACCUGAAUUAAUAAUUGUAUCUUGUGGAUUUGAUGCAGCUAUUGGAGAUCCAGAAGGAAAAAUGAAAAUUUCACCAUAUGGAUAUGGGUUACUUACAAGAUUGUUAGCUUCUACUGGAAUUAAUUUAUGUAUGAUUUUAGAGGGAGGAUAUUUUAUUGAAAGCGUUAAAGAAAGUUGUUUAAAAGUAAUAGAAAGUUUAGUUGAAAAAAAAGUUUUUAGUUAUAUUAGUAAAGAAUCGCUUGAAAAAAACGAUAAAAAUUUUAUGUAUUAUUUGUAUGGUAUAAUGAAAAAUAUUUCCUUUAAUAAUAACAUCAUUACUGAUAUAUUAUUACUUUUGGAAAAAUAUCAUAACAUUAAUGGAACAAAAAUAACAUUUGACAUAAAAACAAAUGAUUACAAAGGAAUUAGAAAUGUUCCAAAACCAUAUGCUACAACAAAUUUAUAUGAUCCAUAUGAUUAUGAAACAGAACAAAAAUUUUUAAAUGAAUUAAAAAAUUCAUUAAUUAUUGGGGAAUUCAAAUGUAUUGGAGAUGAAAUUUUUGUAGAUUUUAAAAUAAAUUGUAUUUGUUUUACUGAUAAAUUAAAAAUAGAGCAUGUCAUAAAUAUUAACUCAAAACAAGAAGCUGCUUUCAUCAUAUAUUGCUUAAUUUUAGUUAACAUUUGGAGAUGGAAUAUACCUUGUAACAUGAUUGAUUUUACCUAUUGGAUUCAGUCAUUUCCUGAAAAACGUGAAAUAUGUGAUAAUGAUUCUUUUUUAAAAUCAUUACACACUUUUUCAUUGAAAUAUAAUUUAGAAAUCUUUUAA